CAAAUUAAAAAAUGAAACGCCAACUAUGCACAUCAGCGCAGAAUGGGUAGUCAGAGACCGAUCCCGUACUUUCUCGAACCUCCUUUGGUGAUAAAUUUCUAUUAUAAUCCAAAAUCACUCCGUUUGCUUCCUGAAUCCCCUCCUCUCUCUCUACCUCAGCUUCCCCACCUUCCCUUUCCUGCACUGAGUUUGUACCCUCGAACCCUGAGCCCACACCUUCUUUCUCUCUUCUCUCUACCGUGCCUGGCAUUAAAACAAAAGAAGCUAGAGUAUGGCCUUUGCACAGUCAUUGAGGCCUUUGCCCCUUGUCCAUCCCACUGUUACUGCUGCCACUCGAGUGAUGUUGCCGCUCCGUCAUCACUCCUUGCCACCUCAUCUACAACAAUCCCACAAAUUGCUCCGCUCCACUUUUCUCUUAUCUCGUCGUGCAAAAGUGUUUUCAGUAAGUGCGGAGCUGCAAGCAUCUGAAGACAAUAAAGCUGCUGAUACUUUUUCACAGUUCAAGCAUGUGCUUCUUCCAAUAACUGAUCGCAAUCCUUAUCUCUCUGAUGGAACAAGACAGGCUGCAGCAGCAACUGCAGCUUUGGCAAAAAAAUAUGGGGCUGACAUCACAGUGGUUGUAAUUGAUGAGAAAUCAAAGGAAGACAUACCAGAACACGAGGCACAACUUUCAAGUAUCCGGUGGCAUCUCUCUGCAGGUGGGUUCCAAGAAUUUGGAUUGAUGGAGAGAAUGGGGGAAGGUAAGAAGCCCACAGCCAUCAUUGGUGAGGUUGCUGAUGACUUAAACUUGGAUCUGGUAGUGAUGAGUAUGGAAGCCAUCCAUUCCAAGCAUGUUGAUGGCAAUUUACUUGCGGAAUUCAUACCUUGUCCGGUUCUCCUUUUGCCAUUAUAAGGGUAAUAUGAAGUCAUUGAGCUUCAUGACACUAAUUUUGAAGUAAUGUACAUUUUCCUCACAUAUUCCGAAAAUCUGGGCACCGAGUUCAUUUCGUAAAAUUCAUGUUUGCUGUGAUAUGUUGCAUGCGGGGAUCUCUUAAUUUAGUCAGGGAUCACAAGCAGAUACAUUAGUUGUAGAAAUUGCGCUACUUUAUUCACAUCAGAAGUUUGAGCUGUUUUGACAAACAUUGAUGUUUCUUUGCGUUCUUUGAAGAAUUUGUUUCUAUUGCAGUC